UUCCCAUUAUUAUGUCAGGAAAAAUCUGGAAUGUGGACAUAUUUAUAUAACUCUGACUUCUAUUGAAGAGACAUGUUGAGGGUUCUCCUCGCCUUGUGUUUGGGGUAUACCCUUGCUGUGCCUAUUGAGCAGGCCCCUGCAUUCGAUCCGGCAUAUCCUGAGGAAAACCCUGGUCUCUUUGAGGGUGACAUCAUUCUUCAUCCGGGACAAAACCCUAAGAACCGAAAUGCUCAAAGGAACAGGAAUUAUAGGUGGCCGAACGGCGUCAUCCCCUACGUCAUAGACACCAACCAUUUCAGCGCCCUUGAGCAGAAGACCAUCCACCAAGCCAUAAGCAACUUACAGGAGAAAACCAAGGUCAAUGGUAAAGCGUGCCUGACAUUCAAACCCCGUACCAACGAGACCGCCUACAUCAAAUACCAAGGAGGAAGCGGGUGUCACACACCAGUAGGCUAUCACCACACUGUGUCGGGUGUCACACUUGGAGUUGGGUGUGGCAGAAUCGGCACCAUCAUGCACGAGACAAUGCACGCCCUGGGCUUCUGGCACGAGCAGAGCCGCCCCGACAGAGACAACUACGUCACCAUCGACUUUAGCAACAUCCAAACAGGGCACGAACGCAACUUCGACAAGAACACCAUCACACAGGUUGACACUCUUGGACUCCAGUACGACUACGAGUCCGUCAUGCACUACAACGCCUACAGCUUCGCCGUCGACCGCAGGAAGCCAACCAUUAUUGUCAAGCAGAAGGGAGCAAUCAUUGGACAGAGAACUCACCUGAGUCCUUUUGACAUCAAGGAGAUCCAGAUGUACUAUGGUUGUUUGGCUUCCCAGGGCUCCCUCACCACGCCAGCUCCUGCAACACUGUCAUCUGGCCAAUCUGCUGAAAUCUGUACCUUCCAAUCCGAUUUCUGCACAUGGAGCAACGUUGGAGGAGACAACAUGGACUGGCUCCGUCACAGGGGCCAAACCCCCAGUGUCGAGACUGGUCCCACCUCCGACCACUCAGGAUCAUCAACAGGUUACUACGCCUACCUUGAAGCCUCAGGACACAACAGUCAGAAGGGGUACCUGCUGUCUCGCCCCCUGCCGGCCGGAUACUACUGUUUCAGCAUGUACUACUACAUGAGCGGUCAAGAUGAAGGUAGCCUUAAGGUCGAGGCUGUUUUGGCAGAUAACAACAGGACAGUUAUUCAUACCAUUACUGGUAACCAGGGCAACGCUUGGCAUCAUUACAUCGUAAACGUGAAUCUGAACGGAAACAACUUUCACUUCGAAAUCGAAGGUGACGUCGGAAAUAACUACAGAAGCGACAUCGCCAUCGAUGAUAUCACAAUUCAUAGCGGUGACUGCACCACUUUUCCAGCUACCGGUUAGAGGGGCGUGGAGACAGGAUUCAUCGACAUCUGAAAUAUAGCAACAACAUCACGCUCGUAAAUAUUUCGGACUUUA